AUGAGAGGACUCAAUGAUAUUACUCUCGUCAGAGAGAUGACCAAACCACUGCUCAUGGUCUCAGUGUUUUCUUCUCUUGGGGGUAUGAGUUUCGGUCUCGACAAUGCAUAUUGGGGAGGUCUGUUAGGAAUGAAACAGUUUGCAAAAGACUUUGGCACAUUAGACGAACUUACGGGAGAGUACUCAAUUCCGACUACCUGGCAGUCAGCGGGAUCUGGAACUCCUCUCGCUGGAGUAGCUUUGGGUUGUCUACUUGCUGCACCCUUGUCAGCAAGAUUCGGUCGGAAGAUCUCCUUCUACGUGCUCAAUGUCAUCGCUCUUGUGGGAAUUGUACUUCAAGCAAGUGCUUUCAGUUACUGGCAGAUAACUGUUGGUCGAAUCAUUAAUUCGAUUUCCAUGGGAAUCAUAUGCAAUGUGGUGCCAACGUACCAAAAUGAAUGCGCACCUGCAGCCAUUCGUGGUGCCGCGAUAAACUUCUACCAGUUUUGGCAACUAUUAGGUGCUCUCCUAGCAACCAUCAUUAACUACGUCUGUUCGAAUCGCACAGACCAGUGGGCAUACCGAACAGUUAUGGUCUGUCAAUUUGCAAUUCCAAUCAUUCUACUGAUCGGAGCAUACUUCCUACCCGAAUCCCCUCGUUGGCUUCUGAUCAAAGAUCGUGAUACAGAAGCGGAGAAGAUCAUGCAGUGGUUGCGGAUAGGAACGCAUACAGAGGUCGUGAAAGAAGAAUUACAUCUCAUUAAGCUUGCGAUUGAACAGCAACGUGAGCUACACUAUGCUGCGUCGUACCUUGACUGCUUCCGUGGUACCAACCGUCGACGAACCCUCAUCGCCGCUGGCGUGCAAUGUUUCCAGCAGUUUCAGGGCGCGCAAUUUAUUCUCAAUUACGUCUACAUCUUUCUUGCAGAAAUCGGUGUUGAAAACACUUACCAGAUCGGAAUUUACCUCUACUUGGUUAACUUAAUCUCAGCGGGUUGUGCAUUUUACAUGGCCGACAAAUUUGGACGACGACCUAUCCUUGCCGUUGGUGCGCUAGUUAUGUGCGCAUCUAUGUUUGUGGUGGGAGGGUUAGCAGGUGUUGCGGGUGCUAAAACGAGUGCACAACAAAACGGAGCAUUGGCAGCAUUGUUCGUUUGGCUUGCUUUUCAGGCAAUUGCGUGGGGGUCCUGUGUUUGGAUCACCUGUGCUGAAGUUGGAACAGCCCAACUUCGAGAAAAGACAAUUACGAUUGCGACUUUCUUAGGCUUCUGCUCUAGUAUCCUGGUGACAUAUGUCAGUCCUUACCUGCAGAAUAAAGGGUACGGGAAUCUUCAAGGAAAUAUCGGAUUUGUCUGGGGCGGACUGUCUGCACUAUCCUUAGCGUUUGUAAUAUUCUACGUACCCGAGCUCAAGGGUCGUAGUUUGGAGGAACUAGACGAUAUGUUCCAGCAAAAGGUUAGCGUUUUCAAGUUUGGAAAAUAUCGGAGCGUACAGGGUAUUGGGACUAUUAUUACGCAGACUGAAAAGAAGGAUGCGGUUCUGGACAAAGAUGCUUUUAGCGUGGAAGAGAAGUCGGUUGAUCCGUCGGUCGCUUAG